AUGGAAAAAACAUCACCAACAGACACACUUGCCUAUCUGACAGAAGAAUUUGCCCAACCAGGAUGGCACGCAGAAACCGUGGCACGUGAGCUGUCCAUCGACUUGUUGACCACAUUUUGUCAACAAUACUCAGAGUACGACAAACCCACCAAGCUCGGUAUUCUUUUGUCCCUUGUCCAUAUCCCCAAGGCAAACAUGAUGUCCUUCCAACAUGGUAUCAAAAAGAGCUGUGAAUGUAUAAUGGGUCUUGAGUGGAGAAGAAACAACGAAGAUAAAGUUGUAGCAGUCAACGGAUAUGUCGAUAUUCUCUCGCUCGGACAAGAAGAUAAAGAUGAAUGGAUUCGCCUGACAAGCAUGAUGCUCCAGUCCUAUGUCUCUACACAGCAAUUCAAAUUAUCCAACAUCAAGUGGCCAUCCUCGACCCUUUCUCUACUCAAGACUGUUGGAAAAACAAUCGAAAGCACUGGAUUUGGCUUCCAUCCAACCGAACUUGCCCUUCUCCAACCCUCUGCCAGAACUACACGCGCUCAUGUGUCGGAAAGCUAUCAGUCAAUGAAACCAACCACAAAACAACACUUUGUCCUCGAUACUUCCUCGCCUUCGAUCGUCUCCUCAAUCCAGAGAAUGCAACGCUUUGAGAAGUUAAUCAGAAACGAAGACCAGAUGAAACGUGCGGCAGGCUUGGGCAAUGAUUCCGUCCAAAGAAAGAAGUCUCUUGUCCCACCAACCCCUCCUCACCCUGCACAGCGCGUACCUGUUGUUGGGCGUCGGCCAGAACCUGCUGCUGCUGCUGCUUUGGCUACAGGACCAAACAGACCUCAUCAACCUGCACGACCACAUCCCAGACCAGCCAUGGGUGGUGCUAGCUCAGCCCUUUUUAUCAGCCGUCGUUCCUCUGUACCUGCUAAACCCAAUACCGGGAACACAUUAUAUGCACCCAAGAAACCAACUGCUGGUCAAAAUGCUCAAGAAAACAGCACCCCUCGAGGAUUGCAACGUACUCAACGUACUCAACUCAUUAACUUUGACACAGCAACUGAUCUUAUGGAAAGCAAUAGCAAAGCAGUCGAUCAAGCACAGCAAGAGGCAAAACUGGAAAUUCAACGCAAGAAAGAAAGAGCUCUCGAACAACGUCGAAUGGCAUCUGAAAGAGAAAGACUCGGCCGAAAGAGAGUGUGCAAAAGUCCUGAAGAAGAAACACCAAAGCGCACCCGUACAUCUAAUCAUCCAAGCCCUACCGAACCCGCACAAGAAGAACCUUGUAGGUUCAAGGGCACCGAACGUCGUCUUGACUCAACCGUCUUUUAA